UUACUAGCUAUCCAGGUCACGCAUUUUCCGGAGAUCGGGAUAGUUAUCGGCGUUACUAACCACCACGUCGCUGGAGAUGCGAGCUCCAUCGUCGGAUUCCUCAAAGCGUGGAGCUCAACAGCGAAACUCGGCGGAGAAGCCGAAUUCGCUCCUCCGUUUUACGACCGAUCGGUGCUGAAAGAUCCGACGGGGAGAAGGGAGAUACAUUGGAACCAAAUGCGAUUGUUAAAGAUCGGCGAACCAAAGGCACCAAUCACCCCUACCAAUAAAGUCAGAGCAACGUUCAUUUUGCAGAAAACCGACAUCGAGAAGCUGAAGAAGCUGGUGAUGGAGAGGGAGCCGGAUUCAGAUUCCAUCCACAUCUCGUCGUUCACCGUGGCAAUAGCCUAUUUCUGGUGGUGCACCGACCGAUCCGCGGCGGAGGCAGGGGAUCAGAUCGGCGACGAAGUUGCCGAAUACUACGGGUUCACGGCGGACGCGCGGAGCAGGAUGGAUCCGCCGCUGCCGGCGGCGUAUUUCGGUAACUGCGUGGGAUUCUUGGUGGCGGAGUCGAGGCACGGGGUGAUAAGAGGGGAGGAGGGGUUCCUGGCGGCGGCGAAGGCGGUUGGACAGGUGAUUAGAGAUAAGGUGAAUAGGAAGGGGGAGCUGCUGAGCGAUGCGGACGAGUGGCUGGUGAAAUUCGGGCCGCUGUUGGGGAGUCGCUUGUUCGGUGUGGCGGGAUCGCCCAAGUUCGACGUGUACGGCGUGGAUUUCGGGUGGGGGAAGGCGGUGAAGUUUGAGUCGGUGUCGAUUGACGGCGAUCCCAAUGCGUCCAUAUCACUGUGCAAAUCUAGGGAUUUUGAGGGAGGACUCGAAUUGGGGAUUUCGAUGUCGAAGAGAGCCGUUGAUGCUUUUGCAACUGCCUUCUAUCAUGGAUUGAAGGCCCUCUAGUUUUCUCCAUUUUAUGAAUUUCCACUUUUUCAACCAAAUAAUGUUCUACUACCAUUGUUUUUGAGAUUGUACCAUGCGUUUCAAUUUUCACUUUAAAAUAUUUAAUAAAAUACUGAGAAAUAUAUUUUGUGGA